AUGCGUAGGUUGACUGGUAGCGAUGCAGCCUUAAACUGGAGAGAUGUCUCAGCUAUAAAGCUGCAGGGCGGUCCCAGGGAGCUGAGACUGCUAAAUGCCAUGGGUUCCCUUGGCUUCUACCUGGCAACUGUGUUGGCCUUAACCGUGGCAGGCAGGGCUUCUGAUCAGUCACUCUUCACCCUUGUCACGCCCAGUGUGCUGCGUGUGGGCAGCAAGGAGACCAUUGUGGUGGAAGCUCCUGGGGUCAGUGCACCGCUGGAGGUCAAAGUUCGCGUGUUGGAUUUCUCCCAGAAGAGAACGCUCCUGGAUGAGGCUACCGCCCGGCUGGGUCCCGAGAAUCAGGGCCUAGCCUUCGUCACGGUCAUGCCUCCAAGUUUCACAUGA